ACAACGCCGAACAAUUUACAAAUGAAGCAAUGAAUAAUGGCAGCUGCUCAAGGUCAGAAUUCAAACAUGKACAAUAGAUAUAUAUAAAGCCUACGUCUAACCGUGGUUAAAGCAGACUGUCUCAUCGCCGAUGAAUGAGUUGACGUUAAGAGUCAAGGGCGCCGAGAUACAGUUAACGCCGAAGGCUCCAUGACAGUUCUUAAGUACUUUAUAUAUUCCAUGAUUAUGUAACGAUUCAGAGUGGAUUUGUUCGCGAUAUGGUGUACGGUUUACUACUGGAGAACAUCCAUACACUUUUAGUAAACCGCUAUGGGUCAGAAAUAUGGCAGAAGAUACGAGACCAYGCAGGGAUCCAGCACCAUCACUUUACAACACAUACGAUUUACUCUGACUCGAUAUUUCAAAGACUGGUUGCAUCUGCAGUGGAGAUAACUGGAGACUCCAAAAACAACAUCUUAGAAGCGACCGGUGCUUUAUUUGUGAGUUUUAUCGGUCAAUAUGGCUAUGAUAAAAUACUCAGGGUAUUAGGAAGACAUAUUCGAGACUUCUUAAAUGGCUUAGAUAAUUUACAUGAGUUUAUGAGGUUUACGUACCCAAAGCUUAAGGCACCUUCGUUCUUCUGUACUGAAGAAACAGAAAAUGGGAUGAAAAUCCACUAUCGAUCGUCUAGAAAAGGCUUUCUGUACUAUGUCAUCGGGCAGAUUAAAGAAGUAGGGAAGCUUUAUUACGAUCAAGAUGUUGAGGUCGAAGUCCUCGGCGAACGAGAAUCUAAGGAUGGAUUUUCGGCUGUUAUGCAGCUUCAUUUUGACAAUAAAGCUUUCAUAGCAUCUCAUCGACGUCCAAAGAGACACUCGGUGAUAUCACUUAGCGAGGAUCCAGAUAAUGUUAAUAUUAGYAUGGGAGUCUUCUACGAGGUUUUCCCCUUUCACAUUGUAUAUGAUCACUCAAUGGUCAUUACUAGUACUGGYUCAAGCUUGAAUGCUGUUUUGCCAGGGCUGAUUGGAAGAAAAAUUACGGAUGAAUUCUCGCUGAUCAGACCUUUCCUGGAGUUUUCCUGGGAAAAUAUUUCUUACCAUACCAAUGUCGUAUUUGAACUGCAAUCCCGUCAUCCUUCAGUCAACGUGCGAAUUCAAAACGGAAUCACUAAACAAGACUCUAUAUGGAAAUGUCCGCUGAGUAAUGGUGACGUGGAAGUCGAUAAUUCUCCAAGCAAGGAAGAACUUAGUGGGCGUAUUCACCUUAAGGGACAAAUGAUGCAUGUUGAGGAGUGGAAGUCGAUGGCUUAUCUUGCCACACCGGUGAUUCAAAACCUAGAAGUUAUGUGUAGGAUUGGCUUGUUUAUCAACGAUCUGAGCAUGCACGACUCCAGUAGAGACCUAGUGCUAGCAGGAACUCAGCAGUCAGCGGAACUUAAACUUGCUCUUGAUCAGGAAGUACAGAAAAGUGCAAAACUUGAAGAGAGCAUGCGCGAACUUGAUAUCGAGAAAGUGCGAACAGACACACUUCUCUAUCAAAUGAUCCCAAAAACGGUUGCUGAUCGACUGCGCAAAGGCGAACCAGCACUAACCACGUGUGAAACAUUUUCUGAGGUAACAAUACUGUUCAGUGACGUCGUUGGGUUYACGACUAUCUGUUCUCUGAUAUCUCCCAUGGAGGUUGUUACUAUGCUAAACUGGAUGUAUACUACAUUUGACAAACUCAGCGAAAAACAUAACGUGUACAAGGUCGAAACGAUCGGYGAUGCAUAUAUGGUGGUCAGUGGUGUCCCAGAGCGUACCCAGUACCACGCAGAACACAUUGCAGACAUGGCGCUCAAUCUCCUCUCUGCCAUGCCKAGCAUCAAGGAUCCUGCGCARCUUAAUGAGCAUCUGUUGGUCCGUAUAGGCGUACAUACGGGAACCGUAGUUGCGGGGGUUGUUGGUCUUAAAAUGCCUCGUUAUUGUUUGUUUCCAUCAGCCAUUCAUGUGAGCGAAACGACCGAAAAACAUUUGUCAAAGGCGAAUUACAAACUAAAGCAACGUGGUAGUAUGGACAUUAAGGGCAAAGGAGGAAUGAAGACAUUUUGGCUUUUAGGGCGAUCCGACGAGCUCUCCAUCCCUGACUUAGAUUGCAUUAGUGACACACUAAGUUUGAUGUCUCACGGRGGGACUUUGAUGGAUCCAACAACAUCYGGGACKUCGGUAGAUGUCUUCUUUGGUGAUCACUCGUUCCAGUCAACUGUGACCAUCAACGCUGAAGAUCUUCCCGCAGACGAACACAUCAAUGCACCUGACAACGAAGAAGUAUCGUAUUAUGGMCACUGCCCACAUUCUAUACAGCAGGACAAAUUGWCUGAAAAAUGGAAUAAUUUAGAGAAUUCACCUARUGAAGACAAUAAGRAGCAUAUCAGCGAGGGAGACAAAGAGCAAGCGCAGAGUAAUACUGAAAUUAAGCCAAAGAAAACCAGGUCGGUGAAAAUCCUCUCUAGAAAGAAGAUUAAAGAUGAUAGAGAAGCGAGUAAAGAGGAGGACAAUGAAUCAAAGUCUGUUUCCACUUCGCUUUGCAUGGUUUUAUAAGAACUUUAGGAAUCACAAUAGAACUCCCAACCUUYAUGGAAGGGAUUGCAGGRCUUGAAACUGCAAAGACUUUGUAUUGAUGUAUAUUUUCCUAUUGUGAMGCAAGACUAUUCUGUUUAUUUAACAAAACUGUAGMUYGGGAAGGGUCCGWGGGAAAAAGUCAAGKGGGCAUGUGUUUGAAUUAUUUUCGCCAAAAAAAUGUAUAUAGGUACGUCAGAGAUUAAACUUAGGUCCACUAACUURAAGUUAUUAAGGCAAUAUUAACCUGAAUCAAUGAAUUAAAAUGURUAUAUGUAGGUCAUAGAUUAACUUAGGUCCAAAACUUAAAUAUAAUUACAGCAAUAUUAACCUAGGGUUUUCAUUAGAAGGACAGAGCGACAAGAGUAGGGUUGAGAAUAGUGACAUCCACUUAUUYAAUUGUAUAUCAAUGAAUUCGUUCUCAUUAGAUACAAACAAUUCUAACUUCUUGCUCCAUAUGAAAGCUUUGCUAGUACAUUAGACUAUUAGUACACUAAGAUUUACGGCAACAACUUCAGAUUAUGCUUUUGCUUACUAUAAAUAAGUCUGUCUAUAAAUUAUAAUGGAUUCUGUUUUGAUCUGGCCAGUUAGUUCAGACUAAAAGAAAGCUCCCCAUGAUUGAGUCAUGAUAAGCUAUAAUACAAUCCUGCUACUAUGCAACCAUUUCAGGAGGARCCGACGCGGUCUGUUCYUCUAAAUAAYUAAUCUUGUACGAAUUUUACCUGGAAAAGURAUUUUGARCUACAUWGUUGACAAUCUCACAAGAAAAUAUUGCACCAUCCUUCUAUAAAAUAUUUUUGUUCCUGGCAACGUCUUUAAGGUAAAAAAGGCAUAUAUAUCAUUAAGACAAGGAGUAACGUUUUAAUGGUCAAAAAACCGCUUAUAUUUUUUUAGUUAGGACAUUUUUAUUUUCCUGGCAAAAAUUCUUAGAAAGCAUUCCUUGCCUGGAGAGUUCUUUUUUCCUGAAUUUCUCGUGACAUAAGAACAGAUAUAUAUAGAGCGGAUUUCGUAUGACUGUGCAAAAAACACGGUGCUUUUGCGUUGUGACCGUACCRUGCCGWAGCGKUGAUGUAUGGUUAAAUCUUUAUUUUUAUUUGGAAUCUUAGAAGGCGAGGUUCCGUGACCGUGCCGUGCCGUGUCCGUGUUGUGAUCCGUGCCGUUGCACAGUAAUACAAAAUCCGUUCUAUUUCUCUUAGGAACCCGUCGGCUCCUCCCACCAUUUACAGCAGUUUCAACGAAAAAAGGGUGAAAAAACCGUCUUGUACUUUMACAUUGAUCAUCGGUAUAAGAAAUGUAAAUAUAUCAUCUUGACAAGCAACUAAUGAAAAUGCAAAAGAAAAAUUAUGACGUGCAAUGGUAUAGUCAUGUUUUAAAAUUUCMAAAAACUCCCAUUGAAUUGUAAUCUUAUCGUUUACAAAUUUUAAAUUCUAAAAAUGUAAGUAUAUUUCAUGUGUCGAUUUUAGCUCUUUUUCUUUGUUUUCUUUAAAAAAAAUAAUAAACCUCUUUUUUAGCAUUUUAUUCGGUUAUUUGACUUCAGUGAUUUAAAGGGAGACCGCAUCAGUUAUAAUCCGAAGUGGAGUCGGAAAGAGAGUCACGAGCGGCCCAAGAGUUAUUCCCAAGGAGUUGAUAACUCUAAAAGAGGAGUUAAAUUUGCUCCACCUAGCCUUCUUUGCAGACAUUAUUAGUUUCGGCCWUAAGUUCCUUCUCGACCUAGCGGAGAGGGAAUUUAUGACCGAUACUAAUAAAGUUUGCAAAGGAGACGAUGCUCCACCAGGUAGAGUAACUUUAACUGCAUUGUGGAGUUCUUUCAACUCCUUGAUAACGGUGCCUGUGAU